GGGCAGAGGCAGCUCAGUGUUUGAGCAGAGCCUGACCAGGGACCUGCUCCUGCCCAUCCCCAUCCUCCCGCUCCAGCAGCCGGGACUCGCCGGGCGGCUCCGCUGACCCCGAGGGCACUGUCCUGUCCAGCUGUCCCCACGCAAGGACGGAGAUGGUGGCCACCUGCCUGCACCUGGCCGGAUUUGUCUGCAGCUUUGUCGGGUGGAUCGGGGUGGUUGUGGCCACGGCCACCAACGACUGGGUGGUGACUUGCGGCUACACCAUCACCACCUGCAGGAAAAUGGAUGAGCUGGGAUCCAAGGGGCUGUGGGCAGACUGCGUCAUGGCAACAGGUCUCUAUCACUGCAAGCCCCUCGUGGACAUCCUGAUACUGCCAGGGUACGUCCAAGCAUGUCGAGCGCUGAUGAUCGCCGCCUCCGUCCUGGGCCUUCCCGCCAUCUUCCUGCUGAUCACGGUCCUGCCCUGCAUCCGCAUGGGCCACGAGCCCGGGGCAGCCAAGUACCGGCGCUCCCAGCUGGGAGGGAUCCUCAUCAUCCUCCUGGCCAUGUGCGGCGUCGUGGCCACCAUCUGGUUCCCGGUGUGCGCCCACCGCGAGACCACCAUCAUGAGCUUCGGCUACUCGCUGUACACGGGCUGGAUCGGCUCUGCCCUCUGCCUCUUCGGCGGCUGCGUCAUCGUCUGCUGCUCGGGAGACGCGCAGACCUUCGGCGAGAACCGCUUCUACUACGGCUCGGGAUCCAGCUCGCCCACCCACGCCAAGAGCGCUCACGUGUAGGCGCCCCGGCGACGUCCCACGGCUGCCGUCGGAUGCUUUGGCUGGUGGGUUCGUGUGCCCUGGGUUUGCUCCUGCUGACACGCGCGGCUGGCAGGCUCCCAGGGGGAGAUUUAGAAAAGCAGCACAAAAGUCUGGUAGUUUGAAGCGUUAUUCUCCCCGUCUCUUCCCCCCUUUCUCUAGAAAGACAGCUCCGGCCAGCCCUACCUCUUGGUCCUCACCGUUUUGUCCCGAGCACCUGCCCUCUCUUCUUGCAGCCAGGAUGGUUUGGGGAUGUGGUGUGGGGUUUAGGGACUUUAGUUUAUCUUCUAGCUCCCCUGAUAAUAGGAGAGUUUAAAGCAAUAAAGCAGAAAUGAGAGAGACACUUUCCCAUUGUUAGGAGGACUCGGCUUCUCCCCCAUCCUCACUGUUUGAUUGCUCCCACUCAAGGUCACGGGUCUGGCACGGCUGUGGAGAGAGGAUAGGGAGAAAGGCUGUCCUCUCCCACCGGGCAAAUGUUUCUCUUUUGGAACAAGAGGAGGGGAUUUUUCUGCCUUUCUCUGUAAAUACUUUUGUAUGAGUCUGAUCAUUUUAGUAACAGUGUUUCCCCCACCCCCACAGUCAUCAGUAUGAAGGAAACAGAACCCAAAGGUCCUAAUGACAUGGUAGAUAACAGUGCCUUUUUAAAUAGUUAUAAAUGACUUUGGGGGCUCUAAUCCCUGCCCUCUGGUUCAGUUUCUUUUUUUUUUUUUUUUCUUUUUUCUUUUGUACAGAUCAGUUACUAAAAAAUGU